AGAACUUUUCGGAAUUUAGUUUAUUCCCUGUUGCUCUCAAAACUGUCAAAAUCAAAUGAACAAGUAGACCUAACACAGGCUUAGCAAAAAGAAAAUUACAAGACUCUGUUUUGAUCAACAACAUGGCACAAGCAAGCAUUGAAACUGGAUUUGAUGACGUAGAUGGAAAAUUUAUUGACUCAUUGAAGAACAGACUAUUAAAAUGUGUUCGCAACACCAGUAAUCCAUAUGUGGUCAACCCAACAGAUUCAGAAUCUUCUCAAGAUUUUUCUGAAAACAAAACCGCUUUGGUUUCACCUCCUCCAGUUCCAAAACCACCAGUUGAGCAUAUUGAUGAUGACAAAUACAACUUCAACUACCCAAAACGAGGGCUUGCUGUGAUCAUCAACAAUGAGAAGUUUAUCACACGCGACUUCAGUGACAGGCCAGGUUCAUCUUAUGAUGCUGUAGCCCUACAUGAGGCUUUUAAAGGAUUAGGGUUUGAAGUUCUAGAUUAUGAUAACCUUACUGGAAGAGAGAUGAUGACUGUCCUCAAAUAUGCAUCAGUGAAAUAUGACCAUGUGAGAGCAGACUGCUUUGCCUGCGCUGUACUCAGCCAUGGUGAUCAAACAUGGAUUGACAAAGAAUAUGCUAGAAUGAGGGUUAAGGAGAGACAGGAUUUACUGUUUGGUGUAGAUGGUGUGUCUGUCCCUACCAGGCUAGUCCUUGAGUGGUUCAAUGAUGACAACUGUCCCGGCUUGCAGGGGAAACCUCGUCUAUUCUUCUUUCAGGCUUGUCGUGGUUCUGGGCUGGAUGAUGGCACUGAUGUGACUAUGAUUAAAGAAAAAAUACAACGCAGUAUCAAACGCCACAAUACAGGCGAUGCCUUAGAUUCAGGUGAACCUGUGCCGCAGGGUAGCAGUGUCGACCCCCCAGAGUAUCACUUGAAAGACAUGCACGAUGCCCUGUCUGGUGGUGGUGAUUUUGACGAGGCUGAUUCACCAUGGGGGUUGAGGGAGUUGCCAACAAACCCAGCCCCUUUGUACAAAGAUUGCCUUGUCAUGUAUGCCACUCCUCCAGGCUUUCUAUCAUGGCGCCGUGAAAAUGGAUCCUGGUUUAUUCAGUGUCUGUGUAGAGUGUUAGACAGCAAUGGAGUCAGGUCUGGGUCUGUGCCUCUGACGAAAGCUUUGAUACAAGUAUCAGGAUAUGUUGCUAAAUUUUAUGAGUCGUAUAUACCAGAAGACCCAUCACAGCACGCUAAGAAAGAGGUUCCCCUAAUUUAUUCAAUGCUGAUCAAAGAUAUUUAUAUGAAAAAGAAGGUGGAGAAGAGGCCACAUAAUCAGUUUUUUUCUUAACGAGGAUGCACGAACAACGUAUUGUCACUUUGCUUGGAGGAGGAAAACAGGUGCUUGGUUUGUUCAGUCUCUGUGUAUGAUAUUAAAAAAUUCUGGGCUAGGCUCAGUUUCACUGCUGAAAGGUUUAGUACUGGCUAGUAAACAUGUGG